GUAACUCCCCAUGGAUUUAGGUUUCCGUCUCCUACAUUUCUUCCGGCCAGUAUCAAAUUCUUCCGCCCAUCCCAGUAGCGCAACAACAUGUUCUCUUCAUUGCUGGCCUCUGUAUCUAGCAUUGUCCCAGAUUUCUCCACACCGGCUGCCAUCCAUUAUCUGCUCCAAUUCGACGGCAAAUGGGACAUUCAUGGCGUAUUCUCCUACACAUACGCAUAUGAGAUUCAGAUUCCGCAUCACGCAUCAUUCACUGACUUGAUACAGGUGAUUCGUAAUACGGUCCCAUCAUCCUAUGAAAAGUCUGUUUUUAAGAUUUCACACGUCUCUGAUUCAUGUUCAAGUCAUGUUGUGAUCGACAAUGAUACGAGCCUUUACGCAUAUAUUCGGUUGAAGAGCAUUCACUGUGGGGUACGCGAUUUUCCCUUGUGUGUUGAAUUAACUAAUUUUUCAGCAUCUAUCGUUUCUGGAGGAGGUUUAGUCCUUUCGGAGUUACAUCAGCCUCUCCUUUGUCUUCAUUCCAUCUCCAAUUCAAGCGACUGCGAAGUUACUGAAUCAGACGCCUCUCUCUCUGAUUUAGAAGAAAACCGAAGAAUGUGCACUUUGGAUGAAGACUAUAUACCAAUCCAGCAAUUUUCCCCUGGCUUGGUAUUCGAAACAUUUAGGGUAGAUGAAAUACCUGAGAAUAAUGUCCAAACCAGCGAGCUUGACGGCAAUAACUAUCUUCAAUCCAACCCGUCUUCUUAUAGAAUGUCUCAGCAGGAGAUUGCAACAAUGAAGGAGAUGUAUGUUACAUCUCGGUUCGAUCCAACUAGAAUUGCUGUUGAUGCCAUUUAUGCCAGCAAAAAGGACCUCGACAUCCAUUUGAAGAUGUUAGCAAUCUCUAACCAGUUCCAGUACCGGAUUCGAACCUCAAAAAAAUCGUGUCUUCAUGUUGUCUGUGUGGAUUUUCCUCGUUGCACAUGGGCUGUUCGGGCAGUGCGUUUACCAGGCGUUGAGAUGUUCCAGAUCCGUAGGUACAACCAUGAACAUCAAUGCCCUAUUGAUGCUCGACAAGGCACAACACGUCAAGCUACGUAUCACAUUGUUGCUGAGCUUGUAAAACACAAAUUUUGUUAUGCAAUAACGAAGCCGUACCCCCACAUUUCUAUUCUCAGCGACAUGCGUAGGGAGCACGGAAUUGCAAUGACUUAUAAGAAGGCGUGGUUUGCAAAGGAGAAGGCCCUGGAAAUUUGUUUUGGGACAGUACAAGAUUCUUAUGCUUCUUUGCCAUCCAUGUGUUUUAUGCUGAAAAAAGCUAAUUCUGGUUCUAUGAUCAAACUCACUACUACGCCUGACCACUUGUUCAAAGUUAAGCAAGCCCUCAAGCACCGUCCUGUGGAAUAUAUCGUCUCAGACAGGCAUGAUGGAAUGAUCAAGGCAGUUAAAUCUGUUUACCCUAAGGUGGGCCAUGGCAAUUGCAUAUUCCACAUAUUUGGAAACAUCAAGUCUAAUUUCCAUGGAUCCGAAAAGUUCUUAUCUUGGAAGUUUUAUGGUGCUGCAAGGGCAGCUUUCGAAGUAGAGUGCGACCGAUAUUUGAAAUAUUUGGACAGAGAUGACCCCAGGAUCAUUCGUUACCUGAAAUCUAUCGGGAAAGAGAAGUGGGCCAAAUCAUGCUCGAAUCAACGUUAUUCUAUAAUGACCUCUAACCUUGCAGAGUCCAUGAACAAUGUUGAUGCUGUCCCCCGUGAAUACCCAAUUUCACAACUUGUUGAUUUUCUAAUUGGAAGGACUCAAAGGUGGUUUCACGAGCGUAGGGAUUUAGCAAACUCAACGUCAUCUACUUUAACAAAGUUCUACGAGUCGAAGCUAAAUGAACUACAUUCCGCCUCAGCUGUUAUGGAAGUUAGGCCAGCUUGUUCAUUCGAGUUCCUUGUCAUUGACAAGAAUGGUCGUUCGUUUGUAGUGAACUUUCAAAACAGGACGUGCACUUGCUGUGAAUUCCAGCUGGACCAUUUUGUGUGUGUUCAUGCGGUCGCUGCAACGCGUUGUCGAAGCGGUUUGUCUUGCUAUGAUUACGUCUCAUCCUUUUACACCACUACUGCAUGGAGAGCUACAUAUUCAGGCAUCAUACACCCCAUCCCAUCUAAAAAAUCUUGGGUUGUGCCCGAUGAGGUCGCAGAAGUUGUUUGCCUCCCACCAUCAUGCGAUAAACGUCCUCCUGGAAGGCCCAAGAAGCGAAGGAUCCUGUCCAAAGGUGAGCAUGCUAAGCGCCAGUCUUGCUCACGAUGCAAAUCUCAGGGUCACAAUAGGAAGACGUGCACUAAUCCCAUUUCUUUGAGUCGUGCUUGACUCCAUAUCAAGACGUUAUCAAGACAAUUUUUUUGUUGAUUCAUGGGUUUGUUUAGUCUGGUUUUACCGUUACAUUGAACACAUACAUUUAAUAUCAUUAUUGUCAUUUAUAUGCCUCUCCUUUAUCAUUUCAUCCUCUCAAUUACAAAAAAAUUGUUUACAUAACAUUUAAGCAUAAUGACUUCCUCCAUAAAUGUAACCAUUUCUU